UUUCAGAAACAAAUUGGAAAAAAACGACAUUGGAAGCAUUCCCGCCAUUGUUGUUGGGAAGACAAAGACCAGAGGAGCAGAGGUUAUUGGCUACAUAAGUGAGCACAACUCACUGAAAUCUCAAACCCCAUUUCUUUCUCCAUCUUGGUAGCUGAACUGAAGCCAUUGCUUUUCUUAGCGAGCUCUAAUCCAAGGGUAUGGGAUGGGUAUUCAAGGGCUUUUACCGCUACUGAAAUCGAUAAUGGUACCCAUUCACAUCAAGGAACUGGAGGGUUCUUGUGUUGCUAUUGAUACGUAUUCUUGGCUUCAUAAAGGAGCUUUGUCUUGUAGCAAAGAUCUCUGCAAAGGCUUACCCACCUCGAGGCAUAUUGACUAUUGCAUGCAUAGAGUGAAUCUGCUAAGGCAUUAUGGUGUCAAACCUAUGCUUGUAUUUGAUGGAGGUCUUCUUCCAAUGAAGAUUGAACAAGAGAACAAACGAGCCAGGGGGAGAAAGGAAAAUCUCGCUCGUGCUAUGGAGCACGAGUCAAAUGGAAAUUCUUCUGCUGCUUAUGAGUGCUAUCAGAAAGCUGUUGACAUUUCACCUUCGAUUGCCUAUGAGUUAAUUCAGGUGUUAAAGCAGGAGAAUAUAAGUUAUGUUGUGGCUCCUUAUGAAGCAGAUGCUCAAAUGACUUUCUUAGCUGUUAGCAAACAAGUUGAUGCUGUUAUCACAGAGGACUCAGAUCUAAUACCAUUUGGAUGUCCAAAGAUUAUUUUUAAAAUGGACAAAUUCGGGCAAGCUGUUCAGUUUCAGCAGUCCAAGCUACAACAUAACAAGGAUUUGAGUUUUGCUGGAUUUACAAAGCAAAUGAUUCUCGAGAUGUGCAUUUUGAGUGGCUGUGACUAUUUGCAGUCAUUGCCGGGAAUGGGACUCAAAAGGGCUCAUGCUCUUAUCAAACGAUUUACAACUUACGACAAGGUGGUAAAGCACCUAAGAUACAGCAUUUCUUCGGUUCCACCUCUUUACGAAGAAUCAUUUAAGAAAGCACUAUUGACUUUUCAGCAUCAACGUGUUUACGAUCCAAUUACUGAAAAUAUCGUUCAUUUGUGUGCCAUUUCUGAGAAUAUCGAGGAUGAUGGGGAUUUCUUAGGACCAAUGCUACCUCAAGAUAUAGCUAAAGGUAUAGCUGAAGGUGAUCUUGAUCCAUUCACCAAAAUGCCAUUUCAGGAGACUGCUAGAGCCAACACAACUUUCAAACUCAAGAAUGUUGAUCUAGGAAGUGUAAAGAAAAAGCUCGAUUUGCCUGUACAGAAGAAUCUUCUAACUCAGUACUUCUGCUUUGCUUCUCUCGAGGCAAAGAGAAAGUUUAAGGCUCCGCGUUCAUCCCCUAUUCAACCCAGUCCAAGUUGUAACUCUUCUCCUAAUUCUGAAGAACAUGUUUCUUCUGAGGAGGAUGAUCUUUCUAAACCGAGCUGCUCAGAGACACCAUCGCCACUUCACUCUAAAAAUGUGGAAAAUGGAUUUGCCCCCGAAAUUCAAGAGCUUAUAGAGUCUCCAAAGCAUGGUAAGGACAUGAAAGACAUGUUGAAGGAAACAAGUCCAGAACAUACUUCAUUGCAGAAACCGAAACAUUCAAUCCAUAAACCUUGUCUAGCACAACAAAAGGAACAUGAGUUCGGGAGUGUACCCGAUGCAAUUGAGGGAAAGAUAAGAAAAGAGAACCGAAAAGUUAUUGUAAGGAGUUCAUAUUUUAAGCAUAAGUCAGAGCAUGAGAAUGAUCAAGAAAAUAAACAAAACACUUUGAUAGAGGACAAUUCGGCGGCCAAUGUUGCUACCGAGAGUGGGAAUCUAUUGAAAAGAAAGGAACACACAAGUGGGAGUGUUGAAGAAGAAAUUGUGAAGUCUAAGCAAAUGCGCAUUGAAUCAUCAUCAUCCAACGACGGAAAGUUUGGUUCAAACAUUUCCCAUUUAGCCGAAUACUCUGACAUAGCAGAAAAAUCGAUGGAAAAGUUUGUUUCGAUCAUAUCCUCUUUUAAAUUCGCGUCUUCUGGCUCUCGUGCAAGUGGUCUUCGAGCUCCUUUAAAAGAUAUUCGAAAUACUUCUUCCACCAACAGUAGGUCAACGGUUGGUGUGGACUUGAACCAAUUUGCAUAUGUCCCAAAGAAACCCAAGAAGAGUUGAUAAAACUUCAUCUUCACAGCUGAGUUAGGAGGGUUGUUGUUGUGCAAAGAUUCUAUAAAGUCAACAUUUUUUUUUGUUGUUUUUGCCGUAUUUUUUUACUAUAAAGUCAACACACAAUGACAUUGUAAAGGCUUCAAAAAAACUUGAAAAUGACAUUCAUUCAUUUUUUCUUUA